AUGUCCACUUCAGAUGACUCCAUCACGAAUACCACCUUUGCUUCCUGCCUCAAGACGCGUUGUCAUUCCAACAUUCAAGAGACUCGCGUCCCAAGUCCACAAUCUCGAGUAUCAUAUCCAGAAUAUUACAAUCGCCCUACAUACAUGGCCCAAUUCAGCUGCUAUGCUUUCCAGGCAUCAGUUCCGUCCGAAAUCUCAAAACCCCAUGUCGAUAUUCUCCAUCUUAACUCCUUCGCUCUUUACGCACCGUUUGCCGUUGCAUUCGCCAACAUGGAAGGCUUCUAUGAAAACAAAGAAGAUCGCGACUGGAAAGAGAUCGACGAUGACCCACAACAAGUUUUUGACAAAAUAAAACUGAAGCUUUUGGGAAUGCACAGGCUCUGGUGGAUCCCAUGGAUUUAUACACAUAUUGAGAAGACUAUUGGCCCACGCUCUGUUACUAUUGGUAAAGCACGUCAUGAGGGCGACAUUAUGAUUGGGAGGGAGAGAUGGGAGGAGGAGGAGGAGGAGGAGGAGGAGAGGGAGGAAUUGGGUAAAGCCCACGAUUUCCUCCAGACGCGGUAUAGAGGUGGAAGGGUCAUUUUGUACAACGCAUGCCGUCCCUCCGAGAUCCAUCAUCACUACCGAAUGCUCAGAGAUCCAACAAUGACGGAAUCUCACCACCUGAUAUACCCACUUUCCAAUGUGCGUCCCAGUAUGACCUCUGUCGUCAUUGUCCCGUCCUCCUUCCAAUCUCCCAACCCCUCCGUGUUAAAUAAUCAUUCCUGCUCGACAGCCCACCGCCUUCUCUCCACCUCACUUGAGUCUUUUCGAGACAUUGCAGAGGCCAAAAAAAGCAGACGGCAAAACUCGAUCGCGCCCCCCGUGAGAGAAUUUCAACGUUCGACGGCCAGUCCUAGCAAAACCAAGAGCUCAUUUCCUCCAUCCAAGAUCGAAUCAACAUUCCCGUUGUUCCAAGGGAGUCUUACCGUGUACAAAGCCCACCAGAGUUGCCAGAACGGGCUGCGAAGAAGUUGGAAUAAGCUCAUCCGUCUCCACUCUGCAUUCUUUCCGUCCCGUCUGCACGGUCGCGGACCCGGCGCCCAGAUUCCGAUACCAUCGUCUCCUCCCCAGACCCAAGCCAACAGCCAAACACACUUUUUUAAGAAGAAAUGUUCUCAUCCGGGUUUGUAUUUCAUUCAUAUUGGGGGGGAAACUUGUUUCUAG